AACCUGACCUACUAGCGGGGCCAGGCGGCUCCCCACCGUCUGGUUCAUAACGCGUUAUUUAUAUCGACUGAUUGUUCUGUAUGGGAGAAGCGGGACUUGUAGCGCCUCAACCCUCAAAAAAUACAACAGGUUUUAUUGUAAUGCCUGGCGAGCAGUUUGGAUGAAAUGAUUGAAUAAAAUGUAAGGUGUACAUUUAAUUUUGCACCGCUUGCGUUAGUGGUCAGCGCGUUAGCAGGGAACAGUUACUAUUUCCUGUCUUCUUUUUUCAUGCUCCCCACUGUCCUCCAAUGAUAAGCGAGAGAUUGCGGGUUUCAACCAAUCAGGUGACACGGUGAGUGGAGUCACCGCGUCUUGACGUUACAGACGCACGGCUGUUUCAACGAGAUAUCUGCUUUUAUACGUUGGAUGCGUCUCAAUAUACCGAAUCCGCCUCUGUAACACUUCCGCAUCUGCGGUGACAGUUACAGUGUUUGUCAUCCUGAAAAUCGGUUUUCUCACAAAAGCGUCUGUAUCGUCGGAACGGUUUGGCCUGAACACUAUGACUCAUCCGUGUAAAGGUGCUGGCGUGUAUGUACUUCAAGCGCACAGGAGUGCCUUAUUCACCGUCUGCCGAAGGUAAAACACGGAAAGGCUGUAUCACAACCGGCCGUGAUUGGGAGUCCCAUAGGGCCGUGCACAAUUGGCCCAACGUCAUCCAGGGGUUCAACACCUGCCAAUAGGAUCCAUUUGAGGUCCAUACUGAGGUAGAAUAUAUCCAUCUGAGAGACCAGCACACGAUGUCGUCGUUCUCCCGUGAAAAACUGUCUUUGCACCUGCGGCGCAGAAUGGGGGUGUUUGUGACCAGAGUGAAAGCCACCGAGCUCAUAAUCUAUCUCCCUUGCCUUACACCUUCUGACAAGGAGGAGAUCCUGGCCAAGAAGGACUUUUCUGGUAACUAUGCGGCGAUGCAACUCCUGCUGGACUAUGUGCAGAAGAGAAUGAACUGGCCGGAAGAGUUGAUGUCAGCCCUGGAGAUGCUGGAGCAUCAGGAUUUGGCUGAUGAACUGAAGGCAGAGUGGAACAAGCAUAACCAGAACAAUCCCUACCCUCCUUCAGCUGCUGCUACCACUGCAGUCAGGACUCCUGUUCAUCCAAUUCCUUCUACCAGCUCUGAGGGAUCGCCAUCUUCUCUGGUCCUCCCAGCUCAGCCAGCCCCACCGGAGGUAGCUGCCCCACCGGAGGCUUCACUCCCUCCUGAAGUAGCCCCAGAGGCUUUGCCGCCUCCUGUAGUGGCUCCCCAGCCAGAAGCGCCCCCAAGCUCAGUUCCUGAUGCUCCCAAAGCUGCAGUGAGCCCUGAAAUAGCCUCAGAGGCAGCACCUUCUCCUGUCGUUGUCCUUAAGGCAGAGCCCCAGGCAACCCCUCCGUCUCCUGUCUCAGCGGAGGAGCCCACAGUGAUCUCUGAACCUUCAGCCUCAUCCCAGCCUGGUCCUAUUGAAACCGUCAGUCUGGAGGACAACUCGUCUCAUAGUGAUGCUCCAACACAGAUAGCCCUGUCUGAAACCACUCCUACCUCAUCUGGUUCAGACCUAAUCCCAGCUGUAACUCAAAUCCCAUUGGCUGUCUCACACCUAGCCCUGUCCCAAACUGAAUCCACCCCUGCUGCCUUGGCCAGAUUCCAGUCCCCUGAGAGACUUCCAGUUCAGGACACCUUGUCACACACAGUCAAAGUGACUACCUUCCACCAGGAAGCUGUAGAGGACUCUGAUCCAACCCAGGUAACUGAAGAUGACCAACACACUGAGCUGUCUCAGAGCCAGCACUUCUCCCCGGCCACGGCCUCAGCCUCACCCCCGGUGGAUACCUCCACGAACGAGGAUGACGUGAACUUUAGCAAGCCUGAAGUCCUCCGCAGUGAGGUCAUGGACAGCCAGCCAUACUCGGGAGACUCGACACGUCUACAGAGGUCUGUGUCAGACCUGGUACUUGCUACAGAUGGCGUGAACCGUCCCGUUGUGGUCCCAGACCCCUUCACUACUUCCACCCAUCUGCCAUGUCAGGAGAAUGGAGUUCCUGAAGAAAUAAACGAACCCCUGUCCCAUAACGAGCCUCAAGAGGACACCUUCGAGUCCUCCUGGCUGAGCUCCCUGGGGGACCAGGAGGUGCUGCACAAUGUUGUUCACGUGUCUGAGGACGCGUCCAUCCAGAACAACGACGGCCAGACGCCGAACAUCGUAGUCCACGUGUCCGAGGAGUCAUGUAUCUGGAAUCAAGAUGGCCAAACACAGAGCAUGCUGGGUACUAAGAAUGUGGGUGUGUCUGGAACACCGAGACCAGUUCCGAACCGCAACGGCCAAUCUCAGGGUCUGAUUAUGAUCGUUAACGGCGACGACGCCAGCCCUUCAACCAAACAUCCUGAUGCUCCUACUGGCUCCGUCGCCGUCGGCUCUUCCUCGGCUGAGAAACGUCAUCCCUUGGAGCCUAUGGGGACAGAGAUCCCGAUGGAGGCUAGAGCUGUUCCUGAACUGAAGCAGGAGGGAACGAUAGGAGAGAGCUACUAUCUUCUGGGGGCUGCUGUAGUGGCCGUCUCACUGUUCAUGGCCUGGAGGAUGAUGAAUUAACAACCAGGGUUAAGAAUAGGUUGUCUCAAAUGGCACCAUGUUUUUAUACAUAUAUAUAUAUAUAUAUCGCAGUGCGUAACCUUGUCUUUGGCCCCUGUCCUUUUGGGCGGUUCUGGCAAUCUACUGUUUCUGUAGCGUGAGGCAGCUUGAAGAAUAAUUACACAGCCUAGACAGGGCAAAAGUAGUGCACUAUAUUGGAAAUGGGGCCAGGGUAAAAGUAUUGCAAAAAAAAAAAACAAGGACAUAUUAUAGUUCAAUAUGUUAAGAGAUUAUUAUAUUGGUCCAGUGCCUUACUGUAUUGAUAGGAGCUGAAAUGAACUAUUUAUUAGGUGAGGCAAUGAGUUCAACCCAAUAAACACCAAUAUACACUGAGUGAACAAAACAUUAGGAACACCUGCUCUUUCCAUGACUGACUGACCAGGUGAAUCCAGGUGAAAGCUAUGGUCCCUUAUUGAUGUCACUUGUAGAUGAAGGGGACGAGACAGGUUAUAGAAUCAUUUUUAAUCCUUGAUACAAUUGAGACAUGGAUUGUGUAUAUGUGCCAUUCAGAGGGUGAAUGAGCAAGACAAGAUAUUGAAGUGCCUUUGAAUGGGGUAUGGUAGUAUUCCAAGCACACCGGUUUGAGUCAAGAACUGUAACGCUGCUGGGUUUUUCACGCCCUACAGUUUCCCCGUGUGUAUCAAGAACGGUCCACCUCCCAAAGGACAUCCAGCCAACUUGACACAACUGUGGGGAAGCAUUGGAGUCAACAUGGACCAGCAUCCCUGUGGAACGCUUUCGACACCUUUGUAGAGUCCAUGUCCCGACGAAUUGAAGCUGUUCUGAGGACAAAAAGGGGGAGCAACUAAAUAUUAGGAAGGUGUUCCUAAUGUUCUGUACACUCGGUGUAAGUACCUAUCCAGGACUUUGAUCGACAGUCUAAAUCAAUGAAUCAUUAGUAGCAUGAUACAGCAUGUCCUAGUUGGGAUGAAUAAAAUGUAUCUUUUAUGAUGAA